AUGGCUCUCGUCACGGAUGAGAUGAAGACCAAGGCCAAGGUCUACCAUGGCGACGAGAUUUGCCGCAAGAAGCUAAACCUCCUGCUGGCGGAGAUCGGCCUCCCCAACGGCCUCGUCACGGCAUCCCAGGAGAUCGAGGAGUACGGCUAUGACAAGGGCGUGGGGCUGGUGUGGCUCAAGCACCGCAAGAAGGCGGAGCAGAAGGUGGCCGACAACGUGGUUGUCUCUUACGACACUGUCGUGUCGGUCUAUGUCGAACCCCACCGGAUCCGCAAGCUCCGCGGGGUGAAGGCCAAGGAGUUCCUCAACGUCUAG